AUGGCGACCGGUCAGCAGAAAUUUCUGCUCGUCACAAUCAACUGCUUCUCAAAGUGGGUGGAAGCUGAGCCGCUUGCAAGAAUAACCGAGAAUGCGAUCAUUAAGAUUGUUUGGCAGAACAUCAUAUAUCGGCUCAGCAUCCCACAUCGACUCAUAUCAGACAAUGGGAGCCAACUCACUGGUCAGGGUCUUAGAGAGUGCUGGGUCGACGAGCUCCCCAGUGUGUUGCGGGCCCUUCGCACGACCCCGAAGGAGGCGACCGGCGUAACCCCCUUCCACUUGGUAUACGGCGGCAAAGCAGUCGUCCCCAUGGAGGUCGGAGUAGAAUCCAAUCAGGUGCAGUACUAUGAUGAAGGAAACGCCGAACGGAGGCUCAUGGAGCUCGACUUGGUGGAAGAGACGUGGGCAAAAGCAGUUGUUCAGCUCACGGUGUACCGGCAACGGAUGAAACAGAACUAUAAUCGGAGGGUGAUCUUGAGGUCCUUCCAGGUCAGCAAUCUCGCCUGGAAGAAAGUGAAGCCGGUCGGCGACAUCACCUAG